CCACCGGCCCCGGGUCCUUGACGCAUGCGCCGCUCCUAUAAAAGCCGACGCUGCGCCGCGCUGCCGAAGGGACCUUGUUUUCCGCCUUUCCUUGUUUUGUGUGCGGACGUAGCCCCGCUCUCGUCAGCCUCCGGCCCGCUCUCUACCGAGCACCAUGCCUUCAAUUAAGUUGCAGAGUUCUGAUGGAGAGAUAUUUGAAGUUGAUGUUGAAAUUGCCAAACAGUCUGUGACUAUCAAGACCAUGCUAGAAGAUUUGGGAAUGGAUGAUGAAGGCGAUGAUGACCCAGUUCCUCUACCAAAUGUUAAUGCAGCAAUAUUAAAAAAGGUCAUUCAGUGGUGCACCCACCACAAAGAUGACCCUCCUCCUCCUGAGGAUGAUGAGAACAAAGAAAAACGAACUGAUGAUAUCCCUGUGUGGGACCAAGAAUUCCUGAAAGUUGACCAAGGAACGCUUUUUGAACUUAUUCUGGCUGCAAACUAUUUAGACAUCAAAGGUUUGCUUGAUGUUACAUGCAAGACUGUUGCCAAUAUGAUCAAGGGGAAAACUCCUGAAGAGAUUCGUAAGACCUUCAACAUCAAAAAUGACUUUACCGAAGAAGAGGAAGCCCAGGUACGCAAAGAGAACCAGUGGUGCGAAGAGAAGUGAAACGUUGUGCCUGACACUGUAACACUGUAAGGAUUGUUCCAAAUACUAGUUGCACUGCUCUGUUUAUAAUUGUUAAUAUUAGACAAACAGUAGACAAAUGCAGCAGCAAAUCAACUGUAUUAGCAGAGUACUGUCCUCAUUGCAUGUGUAGUUUGGGUAUAGACUCCAAACCUAUGGCUGACUUUUUUCCAGUAUGAUCAAAAAGUUUCUCUCUUUGCUCUAAAUAAAACUGAAUUGUGGGUUCUCUAUGGUAAGUGGCAUUUUGGGCUUUUCCUCUUUUUGUAAAGCAAUUUCUUCCUAGUUUAUUGUCCAGUUUUCUUUAGUUUAGUGACCUUUUAAAAGUUGGCAUUGUAAAUAAAACAACUUGCAAAAGUUUUCUGAAAUAGAAUUAACAAUGUAUUAUCUUUAUUCAUGAGUUGGAGGCUGGAAAAAGGCUACUUGAGGUAAAUGUUACAAUUUGGGUUAAUAGGAUGUCUUCCAGCUUCCUGGAGUCAAGGAGCACCGCUGAUACAGAUUAGCCUGUAUGUGGCAGGGUUCCCCUAAUUGGAUCUGAGGACUUGUUUUUGUGUUUUUAAUCCUCUCAGCUUUGAAUGUGUUGGCUAGAGACUCAGUUACUACUUAAUUUGUGGUUUUGGAGGAAAUAUAAUUAGUUGUUAAUUUUUCAAUUAGAAAAGACAACCCUAGUGGUAUGUCAUCUUUUUAUAAUCAGUGAUCCCAUAUGGGGAAAACUAUUCAUAGUAUUUGCAUGUAAAACAGUUUUAACCUUUAACAUUAAAACGUGUGGCAAAACCCCAGAAAGCAUCCAUUAUGAAUGCAACAUAAUUUAAAUAAAAUGUAAGUUACAUAGUAGGUAGU